AUGGAGAGUGCGCUCGCGAGCGCCUCUGCGAUUAGUGACCAGAGGCAGAAGAUCGAACAGUACAAAAACAUCCUCUCCUACGUCAUCGCAUCAAAUGACAUUGCGCAGGCGAAAAAGUUCAUUGAUCACAUUAACACGUUUGAUACUUCUCUUGAAUGUCAGUUUUAUCGGUCAUGUGCCGUUGGUGGUCUCGCGGCAGCUUUUACGGACGUUGGCGCAGGAGUUGGGGAGGUUGCCCAUUAUAUACUCAAUCAGAUUGAGCUUCGAGUUGUAUCAUUCGAAGAACAGGUUCGUUUCUAG